GCUUUUGUCACCAUAGCCAAGUAAAGUAGAAGAUGGCAAUCCUGUGGGUCCUGUCCUGUCUGGCCUUGCUCAGCGGAGCCUAUGGCUGUGGUGUUCCCGCCAUCAAUCCAGUUAUCUCCGGCUACGCCAGGAUUGUGAACGGUGAAAACGCCGUCUCUGGUUCUUGGCCAUGGCAGGUGUCUCUUCAGGACAGAACCGGAUUUCACUUCUGCGGUGGUUCCCUUAUAAACAGUCUCUGGGUUGUCACUGCUGCCCACUGCGGAAUCUUAACUACCGACGUUGUGGUCCUGGGAGAAUACGACCAGUCCUCCAAUGCUGAGGCCAUCCAGGUCUUGUCUGUCGGCAGAGUCUUCAAACACGCUCAGUACAGCUCCUUUACCUUUGUCAAUGACAUCACCCUGAUCAAGCUGGCCAGCCCCGCCGCCCUCAGUGACCGCGUGUCCCCCGUGUGUCUCGCUGCUUCCUCCGAUGUCUUCAAUGGAGGAGAAAAAUGCAUCACCAGCGGAUGGGGAUACACCAAUGCUGCCGCACAAACCAAGCCAGCUCAACUCCAGCAGGUGGCUCUUCCUCUUCUGACCAACACUCAGUGCCAGACCUACUGGGGAACCAGAAUCAGGGACACCAUGAUCUGCGCUGGUGCCUCCGGUGCCUCCUCCUGCAUGGGUGACUCUGGUGGACCCCUCGUGUGCGAGAGGAACGGAGCCUGGACCCUGGCCGGUAUUGUGUCCUGGGGCAGCUCUACCUGCGCUACAAAUUCUCCUGGAGUCUACGCCCGCGUCACCGCCCUCCGAUCCUGGGUGGACCAGACUCUUGCCGCUAACUAAAUACCAUCCAAUUUAUUUAUGAUACUCAAUAAAGUAACUUUUAAACUA